AUGGCUUUUGAAAUGAAUGAAAUAAAUUUUACCACUAUGUCACUUGACUUUACUAAUAAUAUGUCGUUUGAGUUAACCAAAAAGGAACCAACUGAUAAUAUGUUUUUUGAGUUAACAGAAAGAGAAAUAGCUAAUAAUGUGUUUGUCGAACAAAUGAACUUUGAACCAAAUAACUCUACUUUAAAAACAUUUGAAAUGGCAAGAGAAUGUCAUAAUCGUCUAGCUAGAGAAAGUUAUGCUAGAAAAAUAGCCUAUGAAAUCAACUCUCCAAUAAUUGAGAAUUCUGAAAGUACAUGUGAACGCAAAAACCAGCUUGAAAAAGAGGCAUAUACAUGCCAAAGUGCAGAAAACAGAAGAGCAAAGCAUCUAAAAGUAAACCACCAUGCUUCCAAUAUGGCCCAUAUGAAACAAUAUGAUAGCACUACUGUUAAUGUGCAUGAUUUG